AUGAAGGAGUCGCGGCUGCCAUGGACGAGUUUGCUGGACUGGGAGGAGGAGAGUAUCCUGCUGCCUCUGGAACUAUGUGGAUCCAGGAACCAGACGAACCACUCCGACUGGGUUCUGGAGUACCAGAACCGUACGGUGCACUGUCUGGAGCACGCGCCCACGCUGACUGAUGGGGCCUACACCCGGGCUCUCGUGCUGGGCGGCAUGGCCGUCCUGUCGCUGGUCGGCAACCUCCUCACCAUCUACAGCAUCCACACUUCCAGACAUUCCCGACGACAGCGGCACCAGAGCGCCAUGUACUCACUGAUCCUGCACCUGUCUGUGGCAGACCUCCUGGUGACCGUGUUCUGCCUGGGAGGGGAGGCGGUGUGGAGUUACACAGUCGCGUGGCUCGCGGGCAACCUCGCCUGUAAACUCUUCAAGUUCCUCGAGAUGUUCAGCCUCUACCUCAGCACCUUCGUCUUGGUCUUGAUAGGUGUCGACAGGUUCCUCGCAGUACGAUACCCCAUCAAGUCCCUGAGCACGGCGAAGCGCUGUAACCGGCUGGUGGGCUGCGCCUGGGGCCUCAGCGCUCUGCUCAGCGUACCUCAGAUGGUGAUAUUCCACGAGGUGGGGGGGCCGUUCUACGAGGAGUUCUACCAGUGCGUCACGUACGGGUUCUACACAGAGCCGUGGCAGGAGCAGCUGUACACCUCCUUCAGCUUCAUGUGUAUGUUCAUCCUGCCACUAGUCAUUCUAAUAUCAUCGUACGUGUUUCUACAGAUGGUGAUAUUUCACGAGGUGCGGGGGCCGUUCUACGAGGAGUUCUACCAGUGCGUCACGUACGGGUUCUACACAGAGCCGUGGCAGGAGCAGUGUUACACCUCUUUCAGCUUCAUGUGUAUGUUCAUCCUGCCACUAGUCAUACUGAUAUCGACGUACGUGUCGACUAUCAUCACUAUAUCACAGAGCGACAAAACGUUCCAGCUGGAAGCUGCAGAGAACUCGACCCGCAAGUACGACAUCAACAGGCGGCGACUGAUACAUCGCGCCAAGGUCAAGUCCUUCCGUAUCAGCGUAGUGAUAGUGGCCGCCUUCAUCGUGUGGUGGACGCCCUACUACAGCAUGAUGAUCAUCUUCAUGUUCCUCAACCCAGACAAACAUCUAAGUGAAGAACUUCAGAAGGCGAUUUUCUUCUUCGGAAUGUCCAACAGUCUGGUGAAUCCGGUCAUAUAUGGAGCUUUCCACCUGUGGAGGCCGAAGAGGAAAAAACACGGGAGUUACAGAGAUGGAUCCACACAGCAGACAGCCAACUCAAUGGUUACUCGUUUAAGUCGAGGAGGAACACUGAAAGAAGACACGAGCUGCAUUCUCCUCGGAACGGAAAAGACGUGCGACCAGAGGUCCGAGUGCUGUACAGCGGCGAACUGUAGCACCUCGGCUGUAUAGCGCUGGCGAACCACACGACUAGCAGCGUGCGCCGACACCAUGCUGUAGCGGGGAGCAUCAGUCGGCGUUGCUGAGAUGUGAAACUGAGCGACUGACGCUGUGUGACGAUGCCAUGCUGUAGCGGGAAGCAUCAGUCGGCGCUGCUGAGAUGUGAAACUGAGCGACUGACGCUGUGUGACGAUGCCAUGCUGUAGCGGGAAGCAUCAGUCGGCGCUGCUGAGAUGUGAAACUGAGCGACUGACGAUGUGCGACGAUUUCAUGUUGUAUCGGGGAGCAUCAGUCGGCGCUGUAGAGAUGAAUAGCUGAGUGAUACACAUUUGUGGCGAAGAACAGUCAGCACAGCGAGUAAUGUCCAUGGCAAAAUGUCAACUUAUGAUUUUAGCGUACUGGCGCUGUAAAGGCUGACCAGCGCUUGUCAAAGGGAUAUCAAUUUUAGACGAUCCUGUGGUGGUUGAAGUGAAGCAUAUAUUUUUCUGCAAAAAAGCGAAAUAUAGCACAAGCAACUUAAAUUUAUUACAGGUCUACCACACAAAAAAAUUGUAAUAAUAAUUGUAAAUCCCAAAUAUUGUUGACAAUACUGCUUAUGAAAUAUGUGCAAUUUUCGAAACAGACGAAAGCAGAUGUUAGUGAAGUUAAAGCCUAUCAAAAGGAUACGAAGUUUUGUGAAGUUGUAGGAACAGUAAUAAAAACAAAAAACUUGUUAGACAAAAAAAGGAACCAGUACUUACAAACCACUUCUAGCAUAGUUGCUCUCGACAAAAAGUAGUGACUAUUUCAGUGUAAAAUAAACGUGUUUCCCAAAGACUGUGACGGUCUUCAUAGCUUCGAAAGGAAAGAAUUAUUGUCAUAAUGUAUGUUUUCGUGUGUUUACGUUGUGAAAUAAAAUGUAUAUUUACCCAACUUUACAUAUAAACGGAAAAAAACAUUAUGAAGAAAUAUGGACAAAAACGCACUAUUUGUAUUUUUUUUAAGUGAUUAGUCAUCGUAUAAUUUUCCAGGUUUCAUCUGUUGAAAAGUAAUUUCACAGUUUAUUUAUGCAGUGACUUAUUAUGAAAAAUAAAUUAUUGUUUUACUACCAAUUCCAUUUGUGACCUCAUAUUUUGCUACUGUAGGUGACACAAUGCAAAAUCUUUGGAAAGUACUGAUGUGAAAAUUUUCUUGUGGCUGUGCUAAAUGUCAUAACUGGAUGUUACAUCGACGGCGAUUGUUGGAACACUGUGCUUUAAUACAAAAAUAUGAGCUAUUAUGCAAAUAUUCGCCCAACAGACUUAUGACAGUGGUAACAUAAGUACUCGUAUUUGUAGUUAAGUUCAUUUCCUUGAACAAAUCCAUGACCACCAAAGAUACAUUGCGUGUUAUAUGUUUCAGUUUAUGAAUAUGUACAUACUUAUCUAUGUAUUAAUGUAUAAUUUCAUAUUUGUAUUUCAUUUUGAGUAAAACGCUCGAUGUUUUCAUUUGCAAAACUUUGAAUUUUCUUGA